AGAGUGUGGAUACCCAAAACAAGUUAGCUGAGGUCAAGAUUUGUAUUAAUCUCUGAUCAAGUUGGUGAACAAAGUGACUCUUCACGAUCCAGUUGCAAACAUUAAAGUCACCGUGAAUCAUCUAUAUGGGCCAUCUUCUCUCAAAGAAUGGUAACGGCCUGAAGAAGAAGACACGGAAGCUGCGCAAAAAGAAGCGGAGGAGGAACUGCUUCCUUCAGGGUCCCUGCAUGCUGUGCUUCAUCGUCCACGGCAACAGCGGGAGCAUCGAGGACGACUGGUCCUUUGAGAACCAUCACGGCGGCUGUGCGGCGGUGACGGCGUCCAAACUCGCCAAGCGCUACGCUUCGUUGAACUCGCCCAAGGACUGUGCCAAGUUCCUGUUGUCUCCGGGAGCGCUUGCCAUUUUUCAGAGCCAGGGAAGAAGUCUGCUGUCCGCCGUGCCAGCCAAAUUGAUCGGACCCCCGGCGCUGUACUGCGCCGUCGUUCCAGUCGCAGACUACGUGGAAAUGGUGUGUAAGCGCAAGUGUGCUGAGCUGCAGCGGUGCACGCCCCGCAAGCAGCCGCGCUGUGCCUUCCAGGAGGCCAUGGAGAACGGAGAGGAGCGAGGAGACGCUGCCACUCCAGACAACCAGUGCCUCCUGCCCUCACUCUGCCCCCUGCCUUCAUCCUCCUCGUCUUCCUCUCUGUCGGAGGAGUACAGCUGCGAUGCAGGGCCGCAGACGGAUGAGGGCAGUUCAGCGACCUCAGCGUGCUCCUCCUCUUGCUGCUGCGGGCUGUCCCAUAAUGACGGCUCGCAGGAGGGAAAGAGUGUUGAAAAUACAGACAUGUCCCACAUUAACCAACUGCCCUCUUCCAUACUUCUCAAGGUGCUUUCUCACCUGUCAGUUAAGGAGCGAUGUCUGGGAGCGUCACUGGUGUGUAAGUACUGGCGUGAUCUCUGCUCAGACUUCCAGUUCUGGAAACGGAUCGACCUCAGCGGGCUCCAGCAGGUUAAAGACGAUCUCCUGGUGAAGAUCGCAUCGAGGAGACAGAACGUCACUGAGAUCAACAUCUCUGACUGUCGAAACGUUCAGGAUCACGGCGUUUGUUCUCUGUCUUCCAACUGUCCGGGCCUGAUUAAGUACACGGCGUACCGCUGUAAACAGCUCAGCGAUGUGUCUCUCUGUACGGUGGCUCUUCACUGCCCGCUUUUGCAGAAAGUUCACGUCGGCAACCAGGACAAGCUCACAGAUCACGCUUUAAAACUGUUGGGUGAACAUUGUAAAGAACUGAAGGACGUGCAUUUCGGCCAGUGCUACAGCAUCAGUGACAACGGUCUGGUGGCGCUGGCGCAGGGCUGCACCAAACUACAGAGAAUCUACAUGCAGGAGAACAAACUGGUGACUGAUAAAUCUGUGCAGGCGUUUGCAGAAAACUGUCCCGGGCUGCAGUUUGUGGGCUUCAUGGGCUGUUCGGUGACAUCACAGGGGGUCAUUCACCUCACCAGGCUUCAGCAUCUCAGCAGUCUGGAUCUGCGGCACAUCUCUGAACUCAACAACGAGACCGUGAUGGAGGUCGUGAGAAAGUGCCGGAACCUGACGUCCCUGAACCUCUGCCUCAACUGGACCAUCAAUGACAGAUGUGUGGAGAUCAUCGCUAAGGAGGGCCGGAGUUUGAAGGAGCUGUAUCUGGUGUCCUGCAAAAUCACAGACCACGCGCUGAUUGCCAUUGGUCAGUACAGCAGCACUAUAGAGACGGUGGACGCGGGCUGGUGUAAGGAGAUAACAGACCAGGGUGCCACACAGAUCGCCAAGAGCAGCAAAUCUCUGCGUUACCUGGGACUGAUGCGCUGUGAUAAGGUGAACGAGGAGACGGUGGAGAGACUGGUUCUGCAGUAUCCUCACAUUGUGUUCAGUACAGUGAUGCAGGACUGUAAGAGGACACUGGAGCGAGCCUAUCAGAUGGGCUGGAGCCCCAACACAUCCAGCGCAUCCUAACACACA